AUGUACCAGUUUCCACCCGGCCUAUCCCUACACGAUGCCUUCUUCUUCCUUCCCCCCGAGGUUCGCGCCAUUGUCACCCACUGGUUCACCAAUACUCCCUUCACCCAGUCCGACCUCGCUCGUAUGGUCCGCAUAAACAAGCACCACUACGCCCACUUCAUUCCUGAGCUUUACAACGCCAUCUCACUAGACCGGCAAAACUGCGAGACGUUCUUCUACCCCUUGAUCAACGAUACUCAUGAUCCUCGAGAAGCCCUAGAUCGCCACAGAUAUAGUCUGACGGAGGAGUGGUCGAAGGUGAAUCACGGUGUGACUUUCAUCCCCAACGCCGCUGUUCGAAAACUCGCCUGCCUCAGCUGCGUCCAGAGGGUGGUGCUCGCCCAUACCGACGCCGUUAUGCGGUGCAAGGAGGCUGCUGAAAUCGCAUGGUACUUUAACGAGAGUGACGAAAGCUCUGACUCGCGAGGAAUGGCCUACAGCAACAGCAAGCUAUUCCCGGCCGCCCAGUGGCUCGCCUUUGGUGACCAAAUCACUCAAAAACUGAAUACCUACUUCAAUGUAUGGAUGGGCCCCGUCAUCGACCUUUGUGGGAGUGAGAUGCUCCCUCCAGUAAUUCGUGCUGGCAUCUCAGUGUGCUUCCAUACAAAGUCUUCUCACAAGCUGGGAUGGGAGGAUGACGUUCUGAGGAAGUUCAGCAUCCUUUCGGACGUCAAAGACGCAUCGCUCCACAACAUGUACCCCACCUUUGUCCCCUGCAACUUGGAGCAAUUUGAGCGUCUUCGUGUCUACCUACCUCAGGAGAAGCCGGAAGGGGAUGCAAGUGUAAUAAUCGAGGAAUGGAUCAAAGCACUUCGCGACGUUGUGACUAGUGCUAUUCUCUGGAUGGCACGCCGUGGCUUUCGAAUUGACAUCUACAAUACUGACAUUACGGACAUACGGGCGAUACUAGCCAAUCUCGAGGAGACGCCUGAGCGAGUGGAGCUUUGGAAGGAGAUUCUGCAUCUUCAUGACUCGUCUUCGGUGGAGUCUUGUCCGGGGUGUGGAGGUAUAUAG